UCCGUUUCAGUUCCAUGUCACGAGAGAGAUUGAGGAUCACAUACUGACAGAGUCGUGGUAUAAUUCAUGAUCAAAAAGGGACUUGAGGACUUCCCAAGAACCAGCCAUCUGAAGGAGCAAAGUAAUUACAGCUUUUGGUAAUUUACUCCAGAACACAAAUCAUGUUGCAUGUAUUUAGUAGAUUGUGUCCCCAGACAGCACAUGUUGGAAGAAAUUGGGCCAGAAUUUCUUAUUCCAUGCAAAGAAAUCUUAGUGCUGAAGUGCAGUCAAACAGAAGCUUAGCACAGGUAAAUGGCAAGGAGGCUUCUGCUUUCCUGCAGGGUCUUGUCACAAAUGACAUGAAUCACCUGUUAGAAGGAGCAACAAGCAUGUACUCAAUGAUGCUCAACACUCAAGGCAGAGUUGUCUUUGAUACCAUUAUUUACAAGAGGCACGAGGAGAGUUAUCUAGUUGAAUGUGACCGUGAAAAAUUGGACCAUUUAGUGAGGCAUCUGAAGAUGUACAAAGUGCGGAGGAAAAUUGACAUUAAACCUCUUGAAGACUUUAAUGUGUGGGCUGUGUUUGAACCUGAAUUAGACAUGGACAGUAUUACACAGGUUGAUGUAGAGUCUUUAUACCUCAAUCCAAAAGCAGAAUCUGAGGUCCUCAUUCACUUAAAAGACUCUGUGAGUGAUGUCAUUGUGACAAGAGAUCCGAGGAUGAAAUAUCUAGGACACAGGCUUGUUGUUCCAGACAAAAAUCAUAUCACAGACAUUGUUUCAGAUGUAGAACAUGGUAAAGAGAUUUUCAAGUUUUUACGUUACAAGUUGGGUGUUGGUGAAGGGCUGCAGGAGCUCCCACCCACAAAAUGCUUGCCACUUGAAGCCAACCUAGAUUAUCUUCAUGGAGUUAGUUUUCACAAAGGCUGUUACAUAGGGCAAGAACUUACUGCCAGAACUUUCCAUACUGGUGUUGUGCGCAAGAGAUACAUGCCUCUCAUAUUUCCCGGUGACACUUCUACUCUUGCUUAUGAUACAAAUAUAAUUAAUGAGAAGGGAAAAUCUGUAGGUAAGGUUCGAGGAAUAGAUGGUCAGUAUGGGAUAGGGUUAUUAAGAGUUAAAGAAUGCUUAGCUGCAGAAACACUGACAGCCAAUGAUAUGGUUGUAAAAACAUUUAGGCCUCCAUGGUGGCCCAUUGAAGCUUCAAAAGAAAAAAUGAAUUAGACCUAAUGGCUGAAGCAAAGAAGGGAUGGAUUGAUAAAUUAGUACUUACUCAGUUUGAAAUUAUUUUAUUGUUAUUUCUGAUCAGAAUAUACUCCCAAGAUAAUAAGUGAGGUUCUAGGAACACUAAAAAUAUAUUUGUUGUAUAACAUAUAUUGUUAACUGCAAUUAUUUCAGACCCAUAUAAACAGGCCUUGAUAGCACAUGAUAAAUCUCUAGUGGGUGUUAUUGAUUUCAUACACCGAGAUCAAUAUAAUUAACUACAAUUUUUUUUCUUGUUAUGCAACUUAGGGAUUAUCAACACCAUUAGCUUAUUUUCAAGGCUGAAAAGUGAACAAUUACAAUUUCACUCAUCAUAUAUCUAAAGAGUAUGUAUUCCAAACCCACACUUAUUUCUGUGUAUUAUGCUUACAAUUUAUACAUGUAUCAGAACUUUUUAUAUUCUCAUGGGAAAAUGUUGCUAAUCAUAAUAUCACUAUUCUGUAUAAGGGAAAUCUGUCUUAGGCAAAAAAUAUCAUUUUGUGCUGUUCCAUGUGUGCUAAUUUUAAAAGGUUACAUGAAAACUUGUGAAGGAAAAUGGUUUUACAGUUUGUCUUUAGUCAAUAAUUCAAUUCAGGUAAAAAAUUAAGGGACAUUUUGGUUGUAUUUAUAAAAUAUUGGGUUUAUUACAUUCAAAGAAGUUGUGGGUUAAUUCAUUUCCUUAUUAUUUUAUAACUGGGGUGAAAAAAUGUAUUCUUUCAGACAUUAUAAAAGUUAACACAUGGUUACUUCAGUUUUAAAUUGCUAGAGAGUUAGAGAGUUAUGUAUAUUACGUUUUGCAUUUGAAGGUAUGUGUCCAAAGAUGCGUUUAUUAAAUGUUUUAUUUUAAAUUUUCAUCUCUAACAUAAGCAUCUAUAUGUUUAUAUUAAUGCACUCUAUCUUAACUUAUAGUUGUAGUGCUUUAACAUGACCAUAUCAGUUUAUAUUAUUGAUGAAAAUUUAAACUAAUAGAACAUUUAAUGAACACAUUUUCACCUCAGGAUGCACAUACCCUCAUUUCAAGUGCAGCCUUUAAACACUGGGAAAUGUGUUUAUGAAAUUAUGAACAUUCUCAGAUUUUCCUCUUGUUUUUUGUUUGUAUUUUGUCAUCUAGUCAUUUGUUAUUAAAUAUAUUUUUUAAUAUUA